GGUGCGCACAGCCGGGUAGGGGGCGAUCCCUUACUUCGGAAGAGAGGAACAGUGUGCGUGUCUCUCCUGAAAACCAACCGACGAGGACGCUGCCGGAGUAAACCGGCCCCCGGUAAGCAUGUCACGGCAUGCCCCGGUAAGUGUAUAUUACCAGCGCUUCGACAGGUCACCUCUCGGCGGGGAGUGGUCGAAACCCCGUUUGGUUAGUUCGCUGAUGGGAGGCGAGCAAGACACCGUAGGCUAUGGUUCCAGUGUCGCACCAAUGGGAACCUGCGGCAUAGCGAAGGUCCUUAAUCGGGCUGGGGCUGGGUCUUGUAGAUCUCGUGCGAUUGGCCAGUGCCAAAGAGACUACAGGGGCACGACAGGACGGAUGCUGGUGUCGGUCUCUUGACGACAUGCCGUGCACAGGGCAGACCUUCCAAUUGGGAGAGCGUCACCCAACUCUGGGAUCCUACGGGGCGAGGGUGUGUACGUAAAGCGUUACCUGGUUCACCCGGGAUGAGGCUUAAGGAGCAAAGGAAAAUGUGGCACAUUGGGGCCCCCUAGGGGGCAGAAGGCAGGAGUGCCCGUGAGCGGCUUUCACUCUGCGAGCCUCCCUGUGCUGGUGGGAGAGUCUCUCCGGUUCUGAGUAAAAUCCUCCACGCGGACAGGGGUGGUGAUGCCGAUGCUUGCAGAGGUGCGCCAUUCCCGAACUCUGGUUUAAAGAGGAUGAAAGGAUUCCAUGGCUCGCUAGCACCACUGGAGACUCCCGAAAGGGACAGGCAGCUUGAGCCUGAUCAAAAGAAAGGCCUACGAAGGACCCGAGCCUUUGGGCAGGGGAGACGUCUUCAUUUUUGGAAAGUUGUGGGUGGGAGCGGAGAAUAAGGGAGAAAUAAGGAGAGUAGAAAGAGGGCGUCACUGGGGGCAAGGGUGAGGGCCAAGAGGAAUAGGGAUAAGAAGAGGUUGACCUUAGAGGGGAUAUCACCCAUUGUAAGUGGUAUAACCGAUAAGGAGAACGAGGAAGGGAGAGGGGUUGUUGAGGGUUUGAGGAAUGGAUAAGGGGGAAAAGAGAGUUUAGGGAAAGGGAAGUGUUUCAUGACAAGGGUUGGUUUAGAGCCUGUACGCCGGGGGUUUAUUUGGGGGGCGGCGUGAGGCUAAAAAGCCCAAGGCGACCCGAUAGUAUUAUAAGUAUGAUAGUCCGUUUGACUAGUAAUAAUCUAAAAGUUAGAGAGAGAGAGAAAGGGCAAUAAAGUCUGUCGAACUUGA